GAGUUUCAGUGCGCAUGUCAAGCCAGGGUUUCCCGCGCUACAUUCCCCUCCUCAUCCACUACAGGGUCGGUGGAGUGACCCUCUUCUGUGACCCCAGAGUGUGUGACUUGUAGGAUCCUUAGAUCGGAGGUGAUUGGUGGGUGUGAGAAAAAGAGAAGGAGCAAGAGUCCGUUGAUGCCUUGCCUCCACCUUCACCCGCCUUUCCUCUGAACUUUAUUGAUCUUUAACCUGAUUCCGCUGAUUCCUUUCUCCUCUCAUCUCCCUCUCCCCUCUCCUCCCCUGAGGCCGGGUGUCAAGGUGUACGCCGUCCCGUUGUACACCCUCCGGCGUCGCUUAAGGCAAGGCCAGCAACCGUAUUGCUGAGGGCGGCGAGCACAAGAAGAAGAAAAAAAAAAAAAAAAUAUAUAUAUAUAUAUAUAUAUAUAUAUAAAUAAAAAUCACGGUCAAGACAAACUUUGUGCGUGCCAUCGCAUACUAUCAAGUAUAAACUGUGACUGUGUCAGAAUAAUUGAGUGUUCGUUUUCCUUCAACACAAGUUAAAUUUGUGGUGAAAUAAUAGGCAGAACAAGCCUUUAGUCAAAAUAAUCAACAUUUGAUUAAACACAGCUCAGAAAUUGAGAUUGAAGACAGUUAUUUAAUUUAUAAAUAUAAGACUGACAAGACCGAACACUUACUGGUGGAAGAUCCUAGACCGCGACACAAAAAAAAAAACAAGUGUUUUGAAGAGAAUGUUCACUGGAGCCCCCGGGCCCCGCCCAAAUAGUCUUCCCGUGCCCGCGCCCAUCUGUGAAGCCGCGCGGCGUGCCCCGCCCACUCCGCCUCCUUGCGCCAUGUGAGAGGAAACUAGAGGAAGCAUCAGCAAGUGACAGGAGUCAACUAUCAACAGUGCAACACUUAUCCUGGGUGUGUAGGGCAGCAUGUAUGCCCUCAGGGGUGCGGCGCCAAGUCACCGGCCACUAGCCUUGUGGACGACUAAAAAUUUUCACCGACGUGAGGGUGUGGGGCCUGCUGGUGAACAGAGACUACAUUGUGUGGGCUGCGUGAUGGAGGUAUUGCGGGCAUGGUUUGGACGUGCAGGAGUAGGUGCAUGGCGCGCCCGACGCCAAGUGGUUUGGGGGACAUGUGUAUUAGUGAUGGUAGGUGUGAUCUACCUACAGUAUGCUCCCUCUGGUCUUUUAGACCAUCCAUCUGCACCCCGCCAUCGAGCCCUCAACACUUUAUAUUCACCACAUGAGCACGAGAUGGGUCAGCAGCCUUCGGAGCGCACCCAAGUACAGCGGGUCAGAUUUGUCACAGGUGGAGAAGGGUCACAGAGUGGACCAGAGGGUAAUGUUGAUACUCAUGUGCAUGAUGAUGUUGACAAUAACAACAACAUGAACAGCAUCAAUGAAGAAGCAGUGCCAUCUGACCCUGCCAGCCAACAGCACCACCUAGCUGUAGAGGGUUUGCAACGGCGAGUGGCUGAACGUCGAGUUCAAGAGGAACAGGUGGCUGCAGGUGGUGGGAAUGCUGGUGAAGCUGGUGCUGUGAUGCUGCCACAGCAAGACUUGCCACCAGCAGGUGUGUGGGGUGGUGGCCAGUACCGCUAUAAUCCAUAUGGUGAACCUGUAUAUGGUCGAACAGAUAGACCUAACUACAUCCCUGCCCAUCGUGUUGUACACUUUGACCUAAAGGGUGCACCACCUAAAAUGUCAGCUCUCCUCCAGCUUAUUCCAUGGCUUGCACGCCAGGGUGCCACAGCUGUAAUGCUGGAAUAUGAAGACAUGUUCCCAUGGCGUGGCCGGCUGGCCCAGGUGGCAGCCAAAAACCACUAUUCCCGGAAACAGAUAUCGGGCCUUGUGGCUGCCUGUCGCAGCCAUGGAUUGGAAGUCAUCCCACUAGUACAGACCUUUGGCCAUCUUGAGUUUGCUUUAAAGCAUGAACGGUUUGCCCAUUUGCGGGAGGUGCCAGAGAUCCCACAGGCAUUGUGUCCAUCGCUCAAUGAGUCCCUUUGGCUGGUGCGGGCCUUGGUGGACCAAACCAUGGCACUCCAUCCUGGGGCUCGCUUCCUUCACAUUGGCUGUGAUGAAGUGUUUCAGCUUGGUGAGUGUGAGCGUUGCCGUUUGGUGGUGCGUGAAAGUUUAUUUUUGCAGCAUAUGAAGGCUGUGGCACGUUACGUCCGUCAGAAAUAUGCCGCCGUGCCACUUGUAUGGGAUGACAUGUUGCGUCAUGUCUCAGAGUCUGCAAUGCAAGAGGCUCAGUUAGGGCAGUUGGUAGAGCCUAUGGUUUGGGUGUAUGCUGAAGAUGUGUAUAGAUUUGUGCAGCCUUCAGUGUGGAGCAAGUUUGGGCAAGUAUUCCCCCGGGUGUGGGCAGCAUCUGCUUUCAAAGGCGCCUUUGGGGAACAGUUGACAGUGCCUAAUGUACGACGACACCUGGACAAUAAUCUGAACUGGCUGGAUGUGAUGUCAGCUGAAACAGCCAAGUUCACAGGUGGAUUUCGAGGCCUGGUGCUUACAGGCUGGCAGCGGUAUGAUCAUUUUGCUGUAUUGUGUGAAUUGUUGCCUGCAGCCAUGCCCUCACUUUCUGUAAAUCUUCUGGCUGUCUCACAUGGUUAUUUCAAUGCCAGUGUGCAAGGCCAGUUGUAUCAGGCACUGAAUUGCAUGCAGACACCCAAAUAUCAAACAUGGCUCAAUCUGGAUGCUGACCCUUUUCUGUGGGACAAAUUUUCAUGGUGCUUUUUCCCAGGAGCACCAGUGUUCAAAAUGACAGCACGUUUGGAUGCCACGCGACGCGAUGUGGAUGCUUAUCUGGAACGCGUGACCCGCAGCCGAGCCUGGAUCACUGAUUACAACCGUCGGCACAACUAUUCUUCUCCUAUGCGAGUGGAUGAGGACUUAGAGGAACUGCCAGCACGUUUGCACUCUGUCACAUUGCUCCUUAAAACUGCCCGUGAGGCUCUGGCAGAGUGGUUCGAUGACUGGACAGUCGGUGAAUGGCUAGAACAACAUAUCUGGCCACUACUCAAUCGCCUCCAAGCACUACAGCGUGAAGCUGAGAGCAUGAAGGCUGUCAAGUAUUGGCCAGCAAGACCUCUGCCACUUUUGUCUGAGCUGGCUGCAUUUGGAGUUUCAGAACCCAGUACUGUUGAUGGUCAAGGACGGCAAGAGGGAGAUGGUGGUGGUGGAAGAACCUAAAAAGCAUGAGUGCUGGAUGCUGUGGUCCAGCACCACUGAACCACACUGCCCAGCCCGGCUGUGUUCUGCUGUGCUGAGCAAUAGCGGGGGACUGAUUCUGGGGAGACCAUUUUAUCCUUCAUACUGGAGGACCUCAACUCCCCCCUCACCCAGUCUCACAUACACACCAGUAUUUAUUGAGAGAGAGAGAGAGAGAGAGUGUUAAAGUUUCUUUAAAUAACAUAGCUGAUCACCUCUCUGCAUGUUUGUAAAUAAAUUAAUGUUUUAAUGUACACUAUACUUUACAACUGUCUUUCACAGGUAUAGGAACACCAUUAUAUUUGUUAUACAUACACAUCCACACCUGGUAGUAUAGAUGUGUACAGGAUGAAACAACUGUUAAUGUGGUAUGCAUGUUGCUAUGUAUUUUGUACAUGUUAAAGUGUUAUGUAAUGCACACGACCAGCCAGUCAGUCAGAUGAUGAUAUUUUGUUUAUACCUGUGGUGUGUGUGUGUGUGUGUGUGUGUGUGUGUGUGAAACAUCAGUGUACAGUUAUGAUGAUGCAAAUUUCAUCCUGAAACAGUAUACAUAUAUAUUUUUUUUUAUAUAUAUAUAUAUCAUUAUGCGGUUUUUAAUCAAAGCUCAGGUUGUGUUGAGAAAUGAAAAAGUGUGUGUGUGUGUGUGUGUGUGUGUGUGUGUGUGUGUGUGUGUGUGUGUGUGUGUGUGUGUAAACAAAAAAUCAGUCAAUACAACAUGGUCACCAAGCAGUUUAUUAUAUGCAUUUCCCACUCUGUUCUCCAUUUUGGUGUCCACACAAUCCAAGUGCCACACCAUAGCUGUAUUGUAGUCCACUGAGAGGUGUGUCUCAAUAAGGAGGUUAAAAUGAUGCUGCAUAAUACAGUGAACCUUGUACACCAAACAUAUGAGUAUGCCAAUGUUAAUACUGCUAUGAUUAUUAUUAUUAUUAUUAUUAUUAUUAUUAUUAUUAUUAUUAUUAUUAUUAUUAUUAUUUUUAUUAUUAUUAUCAUCAUCAUCAUCAUCGUCAUUACCAGCAUCAUCAUCAUCAUCAUCAUCAUCAUCAUCAUCAUCAUCAUCAUCAUCAUCAUUAUCAAUUAUGUGAUUAGGCUGGGAAGAAUACAGCGUGCAGACAAUCUAUUGACAUUGACAUGCAGUCUUAAAUAGUAGUGCAUCUGUGGAAAUAGGAACAUAAUAUUGUCAUUAAAUGAAAAAUUAUGCUUGUACUUUUUAAUACCAAAAUUAUGUUUGAACAAACAAUGCCAGAAUCAUGUUUCAUUUGCAAAAACAAAUGUAGGGGAUUUAAGGCCCCUUUCACACAAUGUUACCAAUAGCUUCCAUUAGUUACAUCACAUAAUAUGCAAGGGAGCCUUUCAUACAAGGUCAUUUCAUUUGCCUGGGCAGGUAAAUGCUACUAACAUUGGUGCAGUCACUUGUUGCUUGCAGUUAUCCAGCCCUUUCACACUUGGGUAACCAGUGGCGUUGUGUGAAAGGGGCCUAAGUCCUGUUAGUGACAUGCUAAAUAUAUAAAUUUAUUGUGUUAAUUUUUUUUAAGCUCACUGAUUAUAGUUGCAGUUAUCAUCAUACUCUGGCAAUCUUGUCAGUCCAUGCUUUCCACUGUGAUUGGGGAACACUAGAAAAGUGAGAGAGACUACUUGUCAACACUCUCUGAAAUCAUGUAUGCUGUUUGCUUUAGAACUACCUAUCACUAUUCAUAAUAUAUACAGGCAAUUAAUAUUAUGUAUUAUUUGAAAUUGAAAAUCAAUUACAUUAAGUGUAUUUGCCAUUGCUGCCUAUAUAUAUUAGUAAUAGUGAUAUAUAUACCUAAAGAAUACUCACAGGAUGGUUUUGGCUGCUUAGGUUGCCUGAGUACAGUAAUGUAGGCUUCAAUUACCAGUGACUGUGACUAUAAUAUAUGGUUCCAUAAGUUUCCAUAAACUGUAAUGUAAAGUGAAACUGACAAACAGUCACUAACAAAUCAAAUGUUUUUGCAUCUUCACCAUAAUGCCCUCAGAUGGUCUGGUGUCAUGUUGUUAUGAUGUGGCACCAUAAUGUUACCAAAUGGUGCAAUGCCAUAAUAUCCACAAGUGGUGCUGCACCAUAAUGUCAUCAGAUGGUGCAACUCCACAAUGAUAUAUCAGUCACUGAUAUUUUACCUAAAUGUGAUUUAAUUAAGAACUAGGUACACAUAGGCAUAUAUAUCAUUACAUCAUAAAGAAUAAUUAAAUAAAAGCUAGAUUGUACUUGUGACAUAAAUUCAUUAAUGCUAAAUUACCAUCUGUCUAAGAAACUGAACUGGCCAUGAUAUAUUCAUAAUAGAUAUUAUAAAAAUACAAGCCAUAGCUGAACCUGACUGAUUAUGUCUUACAGAUUGGUUAUUUUUAUUCAACAUUGAUAAAAAUAAGCUAGUAUCAAAAUAGUUGCACUAGUUAUACAUGAUUGCUUUAAUUAAUUGUAUUUUAUAUAGUUUAAAGUGACAAAAUUUGUAGUCUCAGAUGAAAAUGUAGGAAGAUUCAAGCCAGAGUGAUUUGUUUACUGAUUCCUACUGUCACUGCUUUGAUUGGUACUAUUAUUACAACUGUAUUUUAACAUUUUGUAUCAGCAGUUAUUAACUACUUUAUGUUCUUUGUAAUUGUUUUCUAUAAAGCAUACUGGAAUAUGUACAUAAUUUGGACAUGAUACCACUAAAUAGCAAUCAACAUGCAGCAAGCAAGUAUAGCCCAUUAAUUGGUAUUGUUACUAUCAGAUUUUCUUAUUUCCAUGGUGGUCAAGUACAUGAAAACAAAUCAAAGUUCAAUCGUGUAUAUUAGUUUAAAUCAUUACACUGAAAUAAUGUUGCCUUUACCAAAAUGUCAUUUUCAAAGUUUGCUAAAAUCUCCAGCUGUGUUUGGAAUGACUUAGUUGUAUUCAAAUUGGUAUUUUCAGAAGAACAGCAUACAGUACAUUUACACAAAAUUUUAAACUAGGACUAGAGUCUCAUGAAGAAGGCAGGCAGUAUUUCAGCACAUGCCUAUCAUUCAUGUGAUGUAGCCUCAUAAUUAAAAUUAAAAACCAAAGUUAUAGGCAAAGAGUUUCAAAGUAAUUAGUCAAGGACAUGUAAAGGGAUAUAUGCAAUGCUUUAUUAACAAGCAUAAAAGACAGAGACAUUGCUUUGCUGGAUCUUUUAGAACUUGAGAUUACAAGCUACCUGUUUAUGUGGAGUGGGCCAGUGAUGUGACACAUUUCAUUCCUGUCAGUCCAGGUUUACCACGCCCAUUUCAUACAUCUUCUGGAGAGGGAUGUAAGUGAUGACACUGUCGACAGGAGAGCAUUAUUGCCACAUAAGUAUGGCCAACAAUGCUCUCCCAUCCCACAGAAAAAUAUUAGGCACUCCAACUAAUUUUCCUGUCAACAGAGUGACGUCAUUGACAAUGCACUUCCUCUCCAGACAACGUGUGAGGCAGGAUAGUGUGAACCCAGCUAGCAUAAUUGAUUGAGAUCAGAUACUGAGGUGAUUAUUUUCCUCCUUCUCCCUGCAGAGUGAUAAGUGAUGGUAGCAAAGCAGUAGAUUAAGAACAAAUAUAUCCCCUUACAUUAAAAUGAUAAACUAGCAUCUUUUUACUUGAAUAGUCAUGUAUAAUUUAAAUCAUGGUAUGGCGUAUUUUGUGUUCCACUUUAGUGUUGUUGGUCGUGUCAGCGGGCAUGCUGUACAGAACCUAGAAGAUAGUCCGCUGCACCUUAGAACCUCACAAUACAAGGGCAACUUGAGGUACUUUAUACAAAAUGCUUUACCGCUUAUUUUUGAGACAUACAUGAGUGUGGCGAGUCAGUGCCCACGUAGUCAAGUAGACCCAUAGGGCACUGUAUCUAACAUGCACAGAAGAACCCUCAAAGAAGCCUUUCUUUCCCUUUGCUGGCAUAUAUAGAGGUGCAGGGAAUGGUAGAGACCCACUUCCCAACUCUUGUGGCAAAAGGGACUUGCUAAACUAGGCAGCAAUCUUUUAUUUUUAUAUUAUUUAUAUAUUUGUGAGACUGAUAGUCAGCCUCUGCUGUCUUAGGGUCUCAGGGUCUAAGAUGUCACACUGUGAGCUAACUACUGUAUUCUAAUCACUGUUCUGUGGUGUGUACAGCAUUCUUCACUAUGAAUAAAAAUAGCCUGUUAA